AUGAAUCGAUAUCGAAAUGCCCCGAAGCUUGGAGGCUCCAACUCCAACAGAGCCACCGCUACCACACUGUGCCAAAAAUGCCUCGGACGAGAUAUAGAGGGUGUAGCGGAUGAACUACUUGCUACUCGGGGGAAAGAGCGUGGCCGGAAGAGAGACCUUGAUGAUAUGACAGAUCUUAACGCUCAAUCUCCGAAGCGGGCUAGGUCUCUCUCAGUGGAAACGAUAUCCACGAAUCGAUCAUACUCCUCAUCUCCCCGCCAUGACAAAAUUGGCACAGCCGACAGGGGUCGCCGAGAUGAUUCAUCGGCAUCACCCGCAAAGUCUCGAAAGAGACGCUACAGUGGUUCUACAGAGGGUUCUUCCGGGUCAUUCCACUCAGGACCAAAGAACCGCUCACCCUCCAGGGAGCGAACCGACGACCGAAACACCCGACGAAGGAGGCGAGAAUCUAGCCCUGACGAACGAGGUCGUCACCGUGGAGCAGGGAGGCACAGCGAGCGAAGAGACCGCCGAAACAAGAGUGUGGAUAAGGAUCGAGUGAAAGAAUCACGUGCCACAACCCAGGAUGCUCCCCAAGACCGUUCAUACCGUGAUCGAGCAAGCCCACCACUCCAGUCUCAACCUGGACGGUCUAGGCCUGAACCAACAAGUCAGAAGAACCAGCCUCUUCGGGAACGAAGCUUGAGUCCUUUCAGUAAGCGCCUUGCUUUGACUCAAGCCAUGAAUGCUGAACGGUAA